UUUCUUUCUCUCCCAUCAUUCAUCAUAAAUCUAGGGCUUCUAGGAAGUUCCCAGCAAUCUGUAUCACCUCUCCCCAAGAUUCUCUUCUCUUCUUCUCUUUCUUUUUUUUUGCUUUAAUCACUCUUUCCACCCACAUACACAUAUAGACACAUCAAGCCAAGCGCAUACACAUACAAAGAGGAAGUUUUGGAUUUUAGAUUAAAUAAGAAAGUAAAGGAUGGUGAGGGGAAAGACGGAGAUGAAGAGAAUAGAGAACGCAACUAGCAGGCAAGUGACCUUCUCCAAGAGAAGAAAUGGACUUUUGAAGAAAGCUUUUGAGUUAUCGGUCCUAUGUGAUGCUGAAGUUGCUUUGAUCAUCUUCUCACCAACAUCCAAACUCUAUGAGUUCUCUAGCUCUAGUAUUUCAAAAACAAUAGAACGAUACCAGAGACGAGUCACAGAAAUUGGAAUUAACCAUAAGAGAGAUGCAGAUUCUCAGCAAGCGAGAGGCGAAACAUAUGGCUUGACAAAAAAGAUUGAGCAACUUGAGAUAACUAAACGAAAAAUGCUCGGAGAAGGUAUUGAUGUAUGUUCUAUUGAAGAGCUGCACCAGUUAGAGAAUCAGUUGGAGCGAGGCUUGACCAGGAUAAGAGCCAAGAAGUACCAAUUACUCCGUGAAGAAAUUGAUAAGCUGAAGGAAGAGGAGAGGAAUCUCAUUAAGGAAAACAAAGAACUGAAUGAGAAGUUGAGUGGAAUGGGAGCAAUAGUAGUAGCAUCAUCAUCAUCAACCUUAACAUCAUCAGAAGUGAACACGGAUGGCAAUGACAAUAUGGAAGUGGAGACUGGUUUGUUCAUUGGGCCUCCUGAGCCGAGACAAUCCAAGAAAAUCUAUCCUCAAAGUUAAUCUCACAGCUUCAAAAAGAAUGCUCUUUACGAACUUUUUUGUUUUUAUAUUUUCGUCCAAAAUAUCAGAGAUGUCAAUAAAUUGUAAACAUAGUGUGGUAAUUUGUUCUUAACCAGGGACAUCUCUAAGCUUAGGCUUCUUCGUUUCUUGAGUGUUUUGGAAGAAAAUUCGAAAUAAAAGAUGAUGUUUAUUGCAGUGAACGUGUUCGGAUUCA